ACUUCUCUUUCUAUUUGUUCUAGAACUGUGGAACCAUUGGAAUAUUACAGAAGGUUUUUGAAAGAGAACUGUCGGCCUGAUGGAAGAGAGUUAGGUGAAUUUCGUACAACCACUGUCAACAUAGGUUCAAUUACAACUGCAGAUGGUUCUGCCCUGGUGAAGUUAGGAAAUACCACAGUGAUUUGUGGAGUAAAAGCGGAACUUGCUGCACCUGCAGUGGAGUCUGCUAAUAAGGGAUAUAUUGUUCCAAAUGUGGAGCUGCCAUCCCUCUGUGCAGAGAGGUUUCGCUCUGGACCACCUGGUGAAGAAGCUCAAGCAGCGAGCCAGUUCAUCGCAGAUGUGAUUGAAAAUUCACAGAUGAUAGUGAAAGAAGAUCUGUGUAUUGCCAAUGGCAAGCUUGCAUGGGUGUUAUACUGUGAUAUCAUAUGUCUGGACUAUGAUGGAAACCUUCUGGAUGCCAGUGUCUUUGCUUUGUUGGCAGCAUUAAAAAAUGUGCAAUUGCCGUUGGUUACGAUAAACGAAGAAACUGGUUUAUCAGAAGUUAAUUUAAAACAGAAGAAUCCUUUGAUUAUCAGAAAGCAUCCAGUUGCCACAUCAUUUGCUGUAUUUGAUGACACAUUACUCAUUGUUGAUCCAACUGCUGAAGAAGAAGAUUUAGCAACUGGAACAGUAACCAUUGUAACUGAUGAAGAAGGCAGACUCUGUUCUGUCCAUAAACCAGGUGGAAGUCCUCUUACAGGAGCCAAGCUUCAGGACUGUAUCACCAGAGCAAUUACAAGACACAAAGAAGUAAAGAAGCUGAUAGACAAAGUAAUAAAAAGUAUAACACCCAAGUGAACAAAAAGAGAUCUCUUUUCAAAAAUUGAUUUGUAAAAAUUGUAUUUGUUACAGUGUUCACAAACUUUUUUAUACUAAAUAAACAAAUACCAAUACUACA